AUGCAGGAUCUCACGAUCGAGGGCACGAGGGUCCUCAAGUUCGACGGGAAGACGGUGAGGGAGGACGAGGACGAGGACGAGGACGAGGACGAGGACGAGGAUGAGGACGAGGACGAGACGUUCGUGAGGAUCGGAGAUGAGGAGGACCUUCAGAUGGAGGGCUGCAUCACACUCGAAGCCUGGAUCUGCCAGGAGAGGAUGGAGCCAGCGAGCCUGCUAGAUGCUCACAGAAACAUCAUCGCGCACGGAGGAGACAGGAAUGCUGAGAGGAAUGAAGGGGGUCCUGGGAAGGAGGAGAAGGGGAAGGAGGACGAGGAUACCGAGGACAAGGAGGACAAGGAGGACGAGGACGAGGACGAGGACGAGGACGAGGACGAGGACGAGGACGAGGACGAGGACGAGGACGAGGACGAGGGCGAGGGCGAGGACGAGGGCGAGGACGAGGGCGAGGACGAGGAUGAGGGCGGUUGA